AUGACCGAUAAACAAAACAAUCAUGGCUCCCUCGCCAAACCAUUCACCCCCACGCUCAGCGCGGCUUUUCACCGCACCAACCGCGCUCCUUUAACGCCAAAACUCGCCAGUCCAGGCCCCGGUUAUCCUGCAGCGCGCCGUCUCGCCAAUGACCAACAACCCUUUACCCCUUCCAAAGACGAUUCCCCCGCCGUUCCUCCAUCCCUCCUCAGCGCCAACAUCACCCCACGAUCAGGUCCGCGAACCACUCGCCGUGAUGCUACCUUUCCCUCUCCAACAAGUACUUCCCCGGCCCCGUCGCCACAGCCUUACACCCAACCGCCGGUCGGGUUGGGACUGGCUGCCCCUCGUCGAACAGAACGCAGCCCAGCUCGCGGGGUGAAGCCGGACCAGUCAAGGAGCUUGAGAGCAAAGACUCUAACUGCGGAGGGACAACAGCUAUCGCGCCCAAAUUCAUUCACGGAUAUGGCAGGGAUCUCUCCUCGAUUCUUCCAUGCCUCCGACGCCGGCUCAACAACCUCCUCCGAGGUCGAUACCUCCCGCCCGAAGCCUACCAAGGCCCCUUCAGUUGCGAGCUUCGUAUAUGCGAACGGCAACCAAGAACGACAGACCGCAACUCCCCUCUCUCUCUCACUACCGCGGCACCGAAAGUCUUCCAGUAUAGGCUCUUCGAGCCAAGGCACAUACGAUGGCCUGAAAGCCAGCCCGAUCAUCGUGUCAAGCACUUUCAACCCCGAGAACACUCCACCGAUGAUGUCCGACCAAAUUCCAACCCUUCGGCCCCGGGUCUUCAGCAAUGGUUCCUCCGUCUCUAACGAUCCACUCGCCCAUAUGCCCAUGAGUCCCGGAAUACCACAUCUACCCAUGUCAAUGAGCCCGAGCAAUCCGCAUUUGUCAAGGCCGAUGAGUCCUGGAAAGUCGGAAAGUGGUGGCGAGGUGCUCAAUGCGCGGACGGAGCGUAAGAUCAUGGACUUGGAAAUCAGCAACUCUUCUCUUCUAGCUAUCAACCGGACUCUCGAGCGUGAGAUGCGAAAGCAGAAUGCCGAGCUUCGAAGGUUUCGCCGUCUCAGUCGAUCGGGACGUCUUUCAAUGGCCCCAUCGACCCGCUCAUUCUCGGGGGUGGCAAUGUCAACUACCAGUGAAAUGGAUGAAGAAGCCAGUGAAAUGGGAAUGUCCUCUGACAUCUCGGACGUGAGCGACGAAGAUUCUGCUGCAGACGAAAACGAUAUGAGCGCCGAUUCUCUUGCAGAGCACGAUGCCAAGCACCGCGCCCACGACGAAAAGAAAUUCAUGCUUGACCUCGCCAAACACCAGGAACUUCUAGUCGACAGCCAGAAAAUGAACCACAGUCUGAAACGAUGUCUGGGCUGGACCGAAGAACUCAUCAAAGAAGGCCAGAGAGCCCUUGAAUAUAGUGUUCAUGUCCAGGAUAUCGAAUUGGGCGGCCGUGUUCUUGCGCCAGAAGAGUUGGGAGAAAUUGGCCCAAGUGGACGUGCUCUACUCAGCCCAUCCACCGAAUUCUCGGUUGCUUUCCCAUCUAACGACACCUCCUUUGAUACAUUCUACGAACCCGACCCUGCUACACUCCCUUUGCCUUCGUCUCCUGGUGGGACGGACUAG